AAACAUUAACUCCGUGUGUGACAGCCUGUGUUGUUGUGCCAAUCAGCUGGGAGGGAGAGAGGGAGAGGGAGAGAAAGCCGCCCUGGCCAAGAUUCCUUCACAAUUUCUACCCCCGGCGGCCCAGCAGGCGGAGGGACGGCAUGCCGGGCCGUAACUGAGAAAUACAGAGUGUUGCUGUUGGUGCCUCAAGAAGCAGAGGAGGAGGAUGGAGGGCGGCGUGGUGGGCAGCGUGCCCCCGGUGGCGCCCCCCACGGUGAAGCUCAAGUGGGCGGAGCACCUCACCACCUCCUGGCUCCUCAAGGACUGCCAGGCCAUCGCUCAGCGGGACUCCACGCUGGUGCUCUAUGACAGACUGCUGGAAAAUAAGGAGGUGGUGGUGGUGGCGGGGCCGGGCUGCGUCAUGCACGGCGGCCCACAGCUGCCAGACUACGAGCCAGAGCCGCCCUCGCCCGCCGACCAGCUGAGCCACGUCAACGCCUUGCUGGCAUCACAGGCGGCCCUCGCUCGGUCCACCGCCGCUCAGCCCCGGUUCUCUGCCCUCCUACACAAGCGCCUCAUCGUCCUGCAGAGGAUCUACCACGCACUGUCUCGCAGCUUCCACCAGGGGAGCCGCGACAGGGAACGGGCUCUGAUGGGGACGGGGGAACGCGGGCCAACCACAGAGCUGCAGGGGACGGGACCAGCGCUCUCGGCCAAUGAGGCGCUGGUGGAGCUUGGCGUGCAGACCGGCCUGUCGCUGCUCUUCUCUAUCCUGCGGCUUGGCUGGGUGAACAACAGUGGAGGCAGCCUGUGUUCGGAGGUGCUGGGGACGGCCGUGGCAGUGGUCCAAGCGCUCCCUCCACUUUCCCUGGCAGUGGAGUCCAAGCUGCCGCGCGUUGGCCUGGCCUCACUCGCCCAGCUGACGGCCUUCCUCGGGGACACUGCCAAGCCAUCAUCCCCUGCCGACCCCACUGGACGUAAGCUGAGUGCCGAGUUGCUGCUGGGCCUGAGUCUGCAGCGAGGGUCCCUACGAUACCUUCUGGAGUGGGUGCACAUGGCUCUCACUGCUGCCACCACUGCUGCGGACGACUCCUCAGACGGGACGUGCAUCAGCGGGAGUUGCCUUCAGGAGGUGAUGAACGCCCUGGCCCAGAGUGGGGAGUGCCUCAUGGGGAUGUCGCCCAGCCUGGCACGCCCCGACGGCACUGUGCCAUUCUACUCGGCCGCCCUCUUGCUCAUGGAGAAGCUGGCAAUCUUGGCGUGUGAGUACGCGCGGACCUGCAUAGGAGACUCGUGUGAGGAGGUGGCCACGGAGAGCAGUGAGUCGUGUGAUGUUUACGUUUGGGGCAGCAACUCCUCGCACCAGCUGGCCGAGGGGACGCAGGACAAGAUUCUCGCCCCCAAGCUGACGCACGCCUUCAACAGUGUCCAGCAGGUAGAGGCAGGGCAGUACUGUACCUUUGUGGUCCAUCGCGACGGGGGUAUCAGCGCCUGCGGGAAGGGGAGCUAUGGGCGUCUAGGGCUCGGGGACUCCAACAAUCAGGCCUCCCCGAAGAGACUCCACCUCGACGCUCGCCUGCGGAGGGUCUCGUCGUCGAAGGGGAGCGACGGACACACGAUUGCCCUCUCCACCUCCGGCCAGGUCUUCACGUGGGGCGAUGGCGACUACGGGAAGCUGGGCCACGGCAACAAUGUGACACAGAAGUACCCCAGGCUGGUGGCGGGCCCGCUGACCAACAAGGUGGUGCGCUGGGUGUCCGCCGGCUACCGACACUCAGCCUGCGUCACCCAAGAAGGGGAACUCUACACUUGGGGGGAGGGGGACUACGGACGGCUGGGUCACGGUGACAACACAAGCCGCAACAUCCCAACCCUGGUGCGGGACAUUUCGGGGGUGGGCCAGGUGGUGUGCGGCAGUGCCCACACCCUCGCCCUCUCCGCUGACGGCCGCACGGUCUGGUCCUUCGGCUCAGGGGACCACGGGAAGCUUGGCCACGGGGACACAACGAAGGUUUACCGCCCCAGGGUGGUGGAGGCGCUGCAGGGGCUAACCGUGCGGAAGCUGACCACUGGAACGCAGGUCUCACUCGCCCUCGCUGCUCAUGGUCAGGCGCAGGGCGGUGACCACGGACAUUUUCAGGUCUGGGUCUGGGGCACGGGUCCAUGUCUCGCCCUGGGGUCGUCCGAGGCUACGAUGCUUCGGCCGAGACCUAUAGAAGAGUUGUCAGGGCUGAGGGUCGUGGAUAUAUCGGCCGGCGACUCGCAUGUCCUGGCCCUUACGCAUGAGUCUGAGGUGUACGCGUGGGGCUCCAACACCAUGGGGCAGUGCGGUCAGGGCCAUACUGUGUCGCCUCUGCUGCGGCCCAAGAAGGUGAUGGGGUUAGAUGUCGCUGUGCAUCAGAUAAGCGCUGGGACCACGCACUCCAUCGCCUGGACUGCCAUACCUACUGACAGGCGUGUUGUGUCCUGGCACCGGCCCUUCUGUGUGGACCUGCAGGAGGGUACGUUCUCCCUGCUGCGCACCUUCAUCGAGCUCUACUGCUGUUUUGAUGACCCACACAUACCCAUCAAGCCCUUCACGUCUGUUAGGGACCAAGAGAAGUUUGUGUUGCUCUGCCUGCAGCUUCUCAACACCCACCUGUCCCUCGCCCUGACCGGAGGCAUGGCCCAGGCUGUCUUAGGGGCUGAGGCGACACCCCUCCGAGAGCUGCUGUUCAGACUCGUGGACGCUAAGCUGCCGAGAGCCAUCGAGGCUGGGGUGUGCGAGGGCCUCAGCUCACCCCUGCUUCUGCCGCCCCUCGCCUCCCGCAUGAGCCUCCUCUACGGCCUCCUGCCCAAGUCACCGGAGGACUGGGGACAGCUAUCCUAUGGUCAGAGGCUUCAGCUGGGUAUCCUUGUGGUGAGCUUGGAGGACCCUAGUCACGUGGCGGCCCUCCUGGGGUACGGCUCCUCGGAGGACACACCAGCGGUCGCCCUACAGGACCCCUCUGCCACCCUGCCCCGGGACCUCAUGCGCACCCUUCUGGCUAACCUGAGAUUCCAUACUGAACACCAGCUCAAGCAGAUCCUGGAGGAGGAGCGGCCCACCAAGAGCACCUCCCUCAAGGUCAAGUCACGCACCCCACAGAAGCUCAAGACCCACGAGGAUGUGCCGGCAGGGACCACCAGCAGCUCCUCUGUCACCCUGCCACCUCCCCCUGAUGCGGCCCCUCCUGUUCCCCCCCCUCCCCCUCCGCCUCCCUGUGCUCCGAGCCAGACGUCCCCUGCACAUGUCCGCACUGGGAAGGGAGCUAGCGAGGGCGAGGGACCGGACAAGGAUGAAGCUCCCCACCGGCAGCAGCACAUCGACUCCCAGCUGGGCGGAACACACCCCCAGCACCUUCUCCGCCUGCUCUCCACCCUGCACUCGCACCUCCUCGCCUACUGCACGCACCACCAGUUUGAGGAGAACUCCGCCAGCAUGCCCCUUCUACAUGAGCAUCUGAGUGAGCUGUUCGAAAUGUGCGGCGACCUCCUGGGACAGACCUCCUCGCUCCUGUCCUCACACCCUGACCUGGCACACCUCAUCCAUGACGUCGUGUACCGCAGUGUGAGUGGGUGGGUGUUGGCACAUGUGGUGUACGCCCUCCUGCUCUUCCCGGCCAGGCUGGUGCGGCCCCUCCUCGGACCCCUCAGAGCUCUCCUACCGAUCUUAGACUCCACCAACCGCACCAUUGCCAACGUGACCUCGUUUACCGACCAGGAGGAUGUGACUUCAGAAGUGGACACCCCAACGCCGGACACCGUCAAGAGCGUGGGGGGCGGCGUGGUGGGGCGUCAGUGGGUGUGGCUGCUGGAUGUGGAGCGGGCGUGCGGCCUGGUGGUGGGGCGCUGUCUUGAGGGCAUGCUGCUGGGGCCUCCGCUGACCCCUAGUGAACUCCGCAGCAAGGACUGGCUCUCCCUGCAGCUGUUCUCGUGUGGCCUGGCAGAGGAAGUGAAGUGCCCGGAGAAGGUGAGCUCCGCCAUCAGUCAGGUGGUGGCCCUGGUGGAGUGCGGGCAGGAGGUGGUGGUGGAGGCGCUGCACAAUCUCGUCGCCUCGUACCCGCAGCUCACCACGCCUCUCAUCACUGUCCUGGAGCCUAAGAGCCAGGUGACCAGAUGGAUGGAGGAGCUGGCCUGUGCCGAGGACUGGGACACAUGCGAGGUGAAGGAUGACCCCCUGCUGGACACCUCAACCCACCUCCUCCUCUCAGCCUUCCUCACCCACACCGCCAUCUCACAGUCUCAGCUCGGGGUCCACUACUGCCCGGUGAUGAGGGAGGUGUUCCGGCUGGUCUACCACAUCCGCCGCCGCCUCGUCACCCUCAAGACUCAGGAGACCACGGAGGGUGAGGAACAGCAAUCAAGGCCGAGCUCCGAGACAGCCCAGGAGGAGGAGCGGGUCAGGGUGGAGAUCGUGGAGCAAAUGUUGUCCCUCACGGCACCAGCGAACCACGAACCAGGCUCAGCGGAGAACCAGGAGGAGGUGCGGGAGCUGAGGGAACGACUGAUGGCCAUGAGGAACCCCAGGAACUAUGAGGAGCAAGAGGGAGAGGACGGGGCAGCCGAGCCGUCCGAGGGCAUGAGCUACGAGAUGGCCAGUCAGAACAUCAUAACGCAAUGCCUGAUGCUCCUCCUCGCCAUCAAGCCAGCACCACUACUUCCCAAGACCACCACACAGCUGACGAGUCAGGAGGUGCUGGUGCUGGUGAUGGGGCGCUGCAUAGAGGUACUGAGAUUUGUGGGAGCUGAGGACCACCACCUGUCGGCUCUCAAGACCAGCGUCAACAUGCCUCCAGGGCCGGAUGUGUUGCUGGCUUCCAUGACAACACAGCAGGCCAGGGCAGAGAGCCGUCUUGAGGCACUGGAGUUGAUGCUGACCCUACUGACACCCGCCCAGGAAGAGAAGAAGAAGAAGAAGAAGGAGGGGGAGGAGGUAGAAGAGGAGGAGGAGGAGGAGGUGGAGGAGGAGAGAGGAAGGGCACAACAACAGCAUAUUUCACUUGAUAAAGCCUGUGGUUCCCUCCUUCCUUCGGUGUACCACGAGGUCAUGACGGGCUGCUUCGGGCUGGAGAGUCUAUGGAGCAGCAGCAGCUACUCCCUCGUGCGCAGCCUGGAGGCCACGCACUACCUGGAUGGCAUCAGGGCCGCUAGCCAAGGCACCCAGCAGCAGAUCGCCAGCACCGUGCAUGUCAUCUACCAGCACCUGGUCUCCUCGCUGCUUCUACACGAACAGCCCGACAAAGGCCUUAGAGAGCGGCUGUGUCUGCUCACCAUCUUCGCUCUGAGUGUCCGCUAUGAGGCUGCCGACCUAAGCCUCGCCGUGUCCAGUGGUCUGCUGGACGCCCUCAUGAAGAUGUGCUGCCCCUACGACCCCCCAGCGCUGCGCCACACCCCGCACCCCUCCCCCUCGGACCUGCUCCCCCACGCAGCGCACACCCUCUUCCAGAUACUGACCAUACUGACGGGGUACUACGCGGAGGACAUCUCUGAGUCCGUGCUGUGCCAGGUGAUGGAGCUGCUGUACCUGCAGGUGGAGGACCUGGUCACCCACAUCAUCAAGGCAAACGAGGCCUCCUGGAAGACCCUCGGCCCCAGGGAGCCACCCGUGCCCUCGGAGCAGGAGAAGGAGGUGGAGGAGGAGGAGAUUCAAGAGAAGAUAGCAGAGGAGGAGCCUGAGGCUGGCGAGGGUGAGGGCGAGGGUGAGGUGCGGGAGAAGCGGCCCAGCCAGCGGCGCCUGGAGCUGCGGCUGACCGGCCUCACCUCAGCCAUGAGCCACAACAACAACAACGUGACAGACGCGCGGCGGCGGCGGCACCUGGAGGUGACCCUCGGCAACCUGCUGGUGUUCGUGCGGCGGCUGUGUGUCAACCCACGCGUGCGCGCCGUGGUGGGGCGGCAGCCCUGGGUGAGGCUGUUGCUGCUGGUGACGGGGGAGCAGGAGACCCACCUGCCACAGGUGGUGAGUGUCAGGACGCGGGUGCUGGCCCUCACGCUGCUGGGCGCCACGCUGCCCUUCUCUGACCUGGACCUGGAGACCCGGGAGCAGGUGGUGCGCCAGCUGUUCGUGCAGCUGGCGGCCAACAUGUGGGUGGUGCCCUCGGCCCAGGCUCACCUCAAGGCCAGCCAGCUGCUGACGGAGCUGCAGCGCCACCUGACGCGCCUGUCCAGCCCAGAGCUCCCGGAGGAACAGUCUCGCCCGGACUCCCCGGACGACAACCUGCCGGUGCAGGAGGUGGGCUUUGACCCGGACAAGUCAGUGUGCUGCUCGGUGGAGGGCGGCCACACGCUGGUGCAUGGGCCGGGCGGCCGCGGGUACGGCCUGGGCACCACGCCCAUCACCUCCGGCUGCUACCAGUGGAAGUUCCUCAUCGUCAAGGAAAACCGCGGCAACGAGGGGACCUGUGUGGGAGUGUCCAAGCACCCGGUGCGGGACUACAGCCACCGCACCUCCUCGGACAUGUGGCUGUACCGUGCCUACUCUGGCAACCUGUACCACAACGGGGAGCUGAGCGUGUCACUGCCGGGCUUCACGCAGGGCGACUACAUCACGGUGGUGCUGGACAUGGAGGCGCGCACGCUGUCCUUCGGCAAGAACGGCGAGGAGCCUCGGCUGGCCUUCGAGAACCUGGAGGGCGGUGAGCUGUUCCCCUGCGUCAUGUUCUACAGCACCAACCCCGGCGAGAAGGUCAAGAUGGUGGACAUGCAAGUCAGGGGCUCACCACGCGACCUGGACCCCGGCGACCCCCUGUGUGCCCCCCAGGCCGCCGUGCUGGCCGAGGCACACGUGGCCCUGCUGCGCCAGCUGCACGAGGCGGCCACCUGGACGCAGCAGGUCAACGACUGCAUCGUGGAGCGCCUCAACCAGACCACUGAGCUGCUGCCCCAGCCCCGAGACCCCCAGGAGGCACCCGACCCCUCCAAGGGGGAGAAGGAGGCCAAGGAGGCCACCCUGGACCCCGAGCAUCAUCCGCCGGGCCAGGAGGAGCACGUGCUGACCCUGGAUGAGCAGCUGGAGCAGGAGGAGCAGGCCAAGAAGAGGGCGCCGGCCUCCUGCCCCAACGAGGACGACCGCCAGGCCUCAAGGAAGGAGCCUGGCCAGCCCUGCCCCAGCCCCGCCCCCGGCCGCCCCGCCUCCAAGCACAACCUGGUGUCUGAGAUGAACCUGGAGCAGCUGUGCAAGGAGGUGUACCCGGCGCUGGCCAUGAUUGGCGGCGUGGACAGCGGCCUGCGGGUGGGCAGCCAGUGUGUGCAGAAGGGCACUGGCCGGCGGGCCAUGGUGCUGGGGGCCCUGCGCCAGGGACACCCGGCCAUCAAGGUCCAGUGGUGCGAUUGGGACACCAGCAUCAGUGACGUGCCCGUGUCGCUGCUGGAGCCCGUGGAGCCCCAACCCUUCGACGUGUCAAAGGUCACAGGGAUCACAGCGCGGGUCAUCACUCAGGUCAUGCGCUUGGCUGGCCUGACACAAGAGAUUGAGUUCCCGCGGGUGACAUACAACCACGAGACAGACGAGCUUCAGACCACCUCCUCCUCCUCCUCGGGCAGCCUCAUCUCCCCACACCUCCCCCAGGGGCUGCUCGACCCCUCCCCAGCCCACAGUGGCUCCCCAUCACAAAAGGAUCAGUCCCAGCAUAAGACACCCAGGGGCGGCUCGGACAGUCUGACGAUGGACCUCUUGACGGACCAGAUGGUGACGAACAUCAUGGACCAGGUCACGGGGCGCUCUGCAGACCCCAACCAGGACCAGGACCCACAACAGGGACCCCCGCGCGGCUCCCCCCUGACCGGGGAGCUGAGCCAGGAGGAGGGCAUGGCACUACGCUUGGCCUUCCUGCAGAGUGCCAGCCUCAGGGCCAUCUGUGCCAUAAUGAACUGCCCACGCUAUGCCGAGAUGCUGCUGGUGCCGAGAGCCGUGCAGGAGAAGGACGUCGGGGAGAAGGGCAGCUCUGUCUCCCUUAUCCACGAGGAGGACGAGAUCCGCACGGCCAUCAGGGUCUUGGUGCGGUGCAUGGUGUCCGCGUGUACCCAGCCACAGCCACUCAAGAGACAAGUGAGUGUGGCGGAGGUGGAGCGCUCCCACAUGGUGCUGCACAGUAUGUGUAUGCGCGCCUGGGCCGAGGACAGCCUGAGCGUGGCGGACACACAGUCACGUAUUAUGGCCCUCACCGCCUCGGAAGACCACCUCCCAGACCAGCUGAGUGAGGGCGCCGAACACUCCCAGAAUGUGCUGUGUGAGAUGCCCUCAGCCACUGGGCACGGCCGACUGCCCCGCCGCCCCAUCAUCUCCCUGGGGCUGCCCAUCACCGUGCCCUGCGCCCCAGCCACCCACACCGGGGCAGAAGCUCACCCGCCCCAUAUCCAAGUGUCCCAGUCCACCCGCGCAGGGCAUAACCCUCCACGAGGCAGGUCAAUGGGUCCUCUCACGCCCCAGAGCGCCCCACUGCUACCCAUGGCCCAGAGUCACUCCCCCUCACCCCCGCUGACGCCCCUGCCCCCCCUCCCGCUCCCCAUCGCGACGCCGCUCCUGGAAAUGGGGUUCACGCUCAAGCACAUCCAGAAAGCCAUUGCCGCACAAGGCCACAAAGGGGAGCCGUCAGCCACCCAGAUCAACCAGCUGGUGACGUGGAUGCUGGAACACCCCUGCAUUGAGUCCAGGGAGCCGGGGGAGAGGCGACGCUCACACGAUGACACCUCCGCCUCGGCCCUCAGAUCGGUCAGAGCCGCGGCCCAGCUUAUGGGCCGAGGGGAAGGCGAGAGCAUUGGGUCGUCACGUCUUGGCUCCUCGGGCAGCGGAAUGAUGCGACGGAGCGGCUGUGUGGACAUACGCUACUUUGUGCUUCCCUCCAGAUCCUCGGCCACAGGGAGAGGGAUAGAGACCAGGGAGGCUGAGGCGACGCGACCCCAGCAUGGCCGAGGGGAAGGGCGUUACAGACACGGUAGGCUGGUGUUUGAGGACCAGCCGUGUCGGGGCGUGGACGACUCCCUCGGCGCCCUGCCCAGUGACAUCGACCAGUGGUUCUCGAUGAGUGCAGCGAGGGACAGGGAGUGGCGGACCCUGCUGGAGGCGGCCGUGAGCACCGACUCGGACAGGACGGUGAGCCUGUGCGAGGUCUGCCACCACUCCACCACCAACCUGCGGCAACACAUGAGAGUCGCCCACCCUGGCUGUGCGCGGCCCUGGAUGGCGGGCGUCUGCGGCACUCUGAUAGGUGGGACGUACAUCCUCUGUGAAGUGUGCCAGGAACAGCAUGGGUGUUUCGGGGGCAGCGGCACCGCCCAGGGGGAGAGCAUGGAGGGCCAGGACCGCCUACGUGACCUGACCACCGUCUUGGCACCUGACCUCGCCCCAGCACCCCUGGCUACUAUGGAAGAUGAUGGACUUAGUAUGAACGAGAUUGACCUCAAGCUUACCAGUUACAACGUCAUCGCAUCCCGCCUCGGCCUCACCGAUCGACGCCCCAUCCCCGAGCCCAUGCCCUUCCCAUCGCCUGACCCCCUCGGCGCUUCCCCCCUCGCCCCAUCUCCUUGCACUUCCCCAGUAUCCUCCGGGACGGGCGCUCGACCUAGGGACAGCACCAGCGGACCGACCCCAGACCGCACCCUAGGGGAGCAAGCCGCAGCCCUCACCUCCCCCAUAGCCCGCAUCUCCGCCCUCCGACGCACCACCCACGCCCUACGAGUCACCAUGGCAAGGGCUGUCGUGAUGCGUGCACUCUCCCUUCUAGCUCUAAGUGGUGGCUCGUGCGAUCUGUGGGCUGGUCUGGAGGCACUGGGGCUGUGCGAUGUGCGGCUACUAGUGCGGCUAAUGUGGCUGGUGGCUCAAGGUAACGUCUGGAGUGCCUCUGGGCCGGGUCUUUCCAGCCUGGCCCAUCUCAGUGACGCAAUCGGUGCCCUCGCGCAGAACGACACGGAUGCUGCAAAACUCCUGCUGCAGUUGUGUACGCAGCACUUGAUGGUGGCGGCAAUGGGCAUGUCCAGCGGGGAUAUCAUUGGCGGGUCAGGGGAGGAGGACAUGGGUGAGCUGGGCCUGAGUGGGGAGCGUCAGGACUCCCGUGCAUCCUCCUCGGGCCUGCAACACACCACCAGCUUCCCCGUCACCCAGGCCCUGGUCUCCCUGCUGGCGGCUAACUCCUCGCUCAUCCACGUGGCCGGCAAAGGGGAGGUGUCGUCACCGCUUGGCAACUCAUGGGAGACACAGGGCGACCCGGCCAUCCAGCUCGCCAAUGCUCUGGGGGCCUGCAUCCUCUCCACGCACCUGCCACACUCGCACUGCCAAUGGGCCGCUACUCAGCUGGUGGAGUGCAUAGGGGGCCGCGCCAGGCUGCUGGAGGGCCACAAUGAGCUCUUGGGGACUGGCGGCAGUGGUGGUGGUGGCAGCAGCAGUGCCAACUUGAGCAGUGCCGACUUCAACCACUCCCUGCCCAGCAUUCAGACCACGCUGCUGGAGGGACACACCGCGCCCACGUCCAACGCCCUGUGGCUGGAGGGGAAGAACCUGCUGGUCACUAGUGGUCACGACAGCUCGGUGCGGACGUGGAAGGUUCACCAGCGGGGGGUCGGGGCGCAGGAGCACACCUUGGUCUUCCAGCUGAGUGAGAAUGCCAGCAGCUACCCCGCCACGCCCGCCAAAGUGGAGCACCUCACCUCGCUCUCCUCAGGACGAUACAUUGCGGCCGCCUUUGAGAAUGUGCUGAACGUGUGGUCGAUUGUGGCCGGGACAACCGAGAUCUGGACGAGCAGCAGCCCCAUCACAUGUCUGGAGGCGGCGCGGCAAGGGAUGUGCGACUGUGUGCUGAUGGGCCACCACGACGGCUCAGUCACCAUGGCCGCCACCACCCCACACGGCCUCCUGCCCUCCACGCUGGUCCACGCUGGCCGCCAGGAUGUGUAUGUGAGCAGCCUAGCAUGGCAGGACGAGGACAAGGAGUUGGCGGUUGGCUUCAGCGAUGGUGUGGUCAGGAUUUGCUUCGUCAACUGUGAGGUGGAAGUCAUCACCUGCGCGGCACACCAGGGCCCGGUGUUGGUGCUGGAGUGGAGUAGCAACUGCUGUCUGCUGGCGUCGUGCGGCGAGGGCAGCACCAAGGUCUGGGCGCAGGCAGGCAGUGGAUGGACACCAGUCUACUCCCUCGACUACAAAGCCCCGCCUGUCACUCUGAGGUGGUCGCCUGUCAUUAGUGGUGUGCGUGAGGGUGUGUGCGCCCACAUGCUGGUGGUGGGCCACGAGGACGGCCUGGUCACCGUCUGGAGGGUGCCGCAGACUCCUUCGCCACCCUCAGGAGCGGCGCAGUAUGAGGAGAGUCCAUGUUGCCUCCUCCAGCUGCGUGGCCACCAGAACUCUGUCACCUCUCUCGAUGUGUCCCUGUCUGGCCUCAUGCUGGCCUCAGGCUGCCUCAAGAGCAACAACGGCAUGGUCAACAUCUGGUCAUUGCAGGACGGGUCGCUGCUGCAGACCGUGGUGGGCUGUGGGGGCGUGGCUGGCCUCAGGUGGUGUGGCUCGGCAGGGCUGGCCAUCUGCUUCACCCAGUCACAGAAUGUGAUGUUCGUGGUGGCGUCUGAUGAGCAGUUCUACAGCCUGCGCGUGGUGGCCCUGUGUCGCAUGAGGCUGCAGCGCUGGGGCAUGUCUGGCCUACACCACGCCCCCUGCCUGCGCGCCCUUCUCUGCCACCUCCCCUCGCUGCUCAUCUCCCAGUACCACCACGAAAAGCCACUAGUGGUUAGUGGCGAGCAGCUGGUGCACAGCCGGUACCUGCAACAGCUGUGUUCCCUGGCGCUGCUGCUGCGUCUGGACACUGUCCUGUGCACACAGCCGGCGCCUGCCCACGUGGUGCACCCAGAGCCCGUGGUGGAGUGGGCCUGGCUGGACACACUCUGCACCGCUGUCACCACCGCCGAGAGCCUCAGGAACCGCACGCCGCUGCCCUCGUCCUUCGUGGCGCGGCACUUCAAGUAUGCUGACGACAAGGAGGAGCUGGGUGUGGCCCUGAACAACAGCAAGUGGGAUGUGGAGCAGGAUGCGGCCGUCAUGGCGUGGGCCACCCAGCAGCCGGCCGACUGGCAGGUGGGCGGCCGCUGCCACGUGUACAUGUGGGGCAGCGGCCGCCACGGACAGCUGGCGGAGACUGGUCGCAGCAGCCAGGUGCCGGUGCUGACAGAGACGCUGGGGUGUGCUCAGCAGGUGGUGUGCGGCCAGAACUGCACCUUCAUCGUGACGGCCAACGGCUCCAUCCUGGCCUGUGGCGAGGGCAGCUACGGCCGCCUGGGGCAGGGCAACUCUGACGACCUCCACACACCCACCGUCAUCUCCACCCUGCAAGGGUUUGUAGUGACACAGGUGGCCACAUCGUGCGGGUCUGACGGCCACAGCCUGGCCGUGACGGACAGCGGCGAGGUGUUCUCCUGGGGCGACGGAGACUACGGCAAGCUUGGCCACGGCAACUCAGACCGCCAGCGCCGCCCCCGUCAGAUCGAGGCCUUCCAGGGGCAGGAGGUGGUGCACCUGGCCUGCGGGUUCAAGCAUACGGCCGUGGUCACCGCCGACGGCAAGCUGUACACCUUCGGCAACGGGGACUACGGGCGCCUGGGCCUGGGCUCCACGGCCAACAAGAAGCUGCCGGAGCGUGUGACGGCCCUGGACGGCUGGCGCGUGGGCCAGGUGGCCUGCGGCCUCAACCACACCGUCUGCUGCAGCACUGACGGCAACACCGUCUGGGCCUUCGGCGACGGGGACUAUGGCAAGCUGGGGCUGGGCAACUCCACCUCCAAGUCCACACCACAGAAGGUGGAGACCAUGUGUGGCAUCGGCGUGAAGAAGGUGUGCUGCGGCACGCAGUUCACGGUGUUCCUGACGCGUGACGGUUGUGUGUCCACCUGCGGCAUGGACCGCCUCAUCGGCCAGCCGGAGUCCAGGACGCGCGGCCACAACCGCCCACAGCUGGUGCCGGCACUGGUGGCCCAAGUGGUGGUGGAUGUGGCCGUGGGCUCGGAGCACACCUUGGCCCUCACCUCCACCGGGGACGUGCUGGGCUGGGGUGUCAACAGCGACGGCCAGCUUGGCCUGGGCCACUCGGCGGCCGUGCGGGAGCCGCAGCUGAUCCUCACACUGGUGGGCAAGGGCAUCAGACAGAUCAGUGCCGGCCGCAGCCACAGUGCCGCCUGGACGGCCCCGCCCCUGCCCCCCAUCACCCCCGGCAACCCUGCCCCCAUGCAGCUGGGCGUGCCGUCCUCCGUGCCGCCGCAGUACCCCAACCUGCAGAAUGUGUCCCGCGGUGCGCUGUGUGCCCGGCUGCGGCUGCUGCACCAGUUCAGCGACCUGCUCUACUCCUCCUGGAAGCUGAUCACCCUCACGCCCGGCAGCGACUGCUUCCUGGACAACGUCAGCGCCGUCACCUCUGCCGAGGUGCGCUCGGUGGUGUCGCCGCGCGUCUACACGCUGCCGCUUGUGCGCUGCCUGGGCCGCACCAUGGUCCAGGGCCGCAACUAUGGCCCGCAGGUCACUGUCAAGCGCAUUUCAAGCCGGGGGGUGCCAUGCAGGCCCAUCUUCACCCAGCUGGCCAGGCAGGUGGUCAAGCUCAAGCCCUCAGACCUCAGGCUGCCCUCCAGGGCCUGGAAGGUCAAGCUGGUGGGCGAGGGCGCUGACGACGCCGGCGGUGUGUUUGACGACACCAUGACGGAGAUGUGCCACGAGCUGGUGACGGGCGCCGUGCCGCUCCUAAUCUCCACGCCCAACGCCGUGUCUGACGCCGGCAACAACCGCGACCGCUUCCUCCUCAACCCAGACCUGACGCAGCCCAACCACCUCAUGUGGUUCAAGUUCCUGGGCAUUCUUUUCGGCAUCGCAAUCCGCACCAAGAAGCCGCUCGCCCUGCCCCUCGCACCCCUCGUCUGGAAGCUCCUGGCCGGCAUCAGCCCCUCCUCGGCUGACCUGGAGGAGGUGGACAUUGAGUACAUGCAGACGCUGAGAGCCAUCCGGGACAUUGACCAGGACGGGGUGACCGAGGACACCUUCCAUGACGUCAUUCCGCUGGAGAGCUUUGAGUGCAUGAGCCUGACGGGGGCGCGGGUUGCUGUCGUGCCAGGGGGCCGCGCGGUGCCUCUGACCUUCACCAACCGACAGGAGUACGUGGCGCGCACCAUCCACUACCGCCUGCACCAGAUGGACAGGCAGGUGGCGGCGGUGCGCGAGGGCAUGGCGUGGAUCGUGCCGGUGCCGCUGCUGUCCCUCAUGACGGCCGCACACCUGGAGCAACUCGUGUGUGGACUCCCGCACAUCUCCGUCGCCACCCUGAGGAAGGUCGUGAGGUACCGUGAGGUGGAGGAGCACGACACGCUGGUGCAGUGGCUGUGGGCCAUCCUGGAGUCCUUCAGCCCCUGUGAGCGCGUCCUCUUCGUGCGCUUCGUGUCCGGCCGCUCCAGGCUCCCGGCAAACCUGGCAGACCUGUCCCAGCGCUUCCAGGUGAUGCGUGUGGACCGGCCGGUGGACACGCUGCCCACGGCCCAGACCUGCUUCUUCCAGCUGCGCCUGCCCCCCUACAGCAGCCAGGAGGUGAUGGCCGAGCGACUGCGUUACGCCAUCAACAACUGCCGCUCGAUCGACAUGGACAACUACAUGCUGGCGCGUAACCAGGACCCAAACCACCACUCUGACGACGACGAGUUCUGAGGGAAGACUUUGUUUACGUCCAUAGAGCAAAGGAAGAAAUGCAAAGGCGAAAGCAACAACAAAAAAUGAGAAAAACAACAGUACACCAAGCAAGACUAGAGAAAGUGCGGUUUGAAGGGAUGACUUGUGUUUUUCUUUAUGUCCAUAGAGCAAAUGAAGAAAUGCAAAGGCGAAAGCAACAACAAAAAAUAAGAAAAACAACUGUACGCCAAGCAAAACUAGAGAAAGUGUGAUUUGAAGGGGUGACUUGUGUUUUUCUUUAUGUACAUGGCAAAGGAAAGCAGAUCAAGAGCAAAAACAACAACAAAAAACAAGAAAAAUGACAGUACUCCAAGCAAGACUAGAGAAAGUGGAUUUUGAAGGGGUGACUUGUGUUUAUCUUUACAUAAAUACAGCAAGGAAAGCAGAUCAAGGGCAAAAACAAUAACAAAAAACAAGAAAAACAACUACGCCAAGCAAGACUAGAGAAACCAGAUUUUGAAGGGGUGACUUGUGUUUUUCUUCAUAUAUAUACAGCAAGGAAAACAAAUCAAGGAUGAAAACAACAACAGAAAACAAGUAAAACGACAGUACACCAAGCAAGACUAGAGAAAGCGUUUUUUGAAGGGGUGACUUGUGUCGUUUUCCUCUCGGCUAGGUCCAAGCGAAGACUUUUCUCUCUAUAUAUACACACGACAACAAAGCCAUAGGGAUACUGAAGGUGCAGAGGGUAGCCUAGUCUUUCUUACUCAUCUAUACACGCUGGACGCUUUUUCAUAUACACACACCAGCCGUCUGUCCUUGUCCUAAUACGAAUAAUACGACAACAGAGAGAUACUUUUUACACCAGCAGACAACUAUAGCAGCCUUUCUAACACGUACAUGGCAACAUAGCGGACGUAUAUAUAUAAACAGCUUCUUGUGCGCGGCUGGUGGCAGAGAGGGUGGUGAUACGCCAUUGAGGAAGACAGGGGAGGUAUAGCUAGGCACUCCAGGGGUCAAAGGUUCCUGCCAGCACCAGGGUAGUAUGCUAAGCCCUUCCUGAGCCCUUCUUUUGUUUGACGGAGAGGAUGGGAACACACUACGAAGGUCAUUUGCGAGACACUGUUUGGGGUAUAGAGGUCACUGCUUUGCCCUCUCUCACUCCCCUUCUCUCCAUUACCUUCUUAGCUACGCCACAGAAAUAUUACAUGAAGACAUUUGCCACAGCUCAGAAUAUAUGAUCGUUUGUGUGUUUCUGGUUAAGUUACGCUAAGACACCCUGGCCACAGCUCUUGAGUACGGACAUAUCUAUCUAUUUUCAUGUAUUUGCAGUAAUAAUACAUGAAGACACACUUGCCACAGCUCAGAA